UGCUUCUGCUUGGAGUUGUAGCUGUUUGUUCCGCUGUGUGGCCAGUUCCAUAUCGGCGGUUUGAUAGUAGACCGAAGACAGAUGACUUCUGCGAAGCGCAGUUUGCGUUCUGUCCAACAGGGCACCCCGACGGUUCCAUGCCCAAGAUGAUGGACUCUGACGUUGUGGAGGUUUACUCCAUGAAAGCGCCGGUUUGGGAAUUCAAGGUUGGAGAUCUGCUGGCACACUUUAACAUCAUCCAUGACGCGAUCGGCUUCCGCAACAAGCGUACGGGACUGAACUACACCAUGGAGUGGUAUGAGCUGUUCCAGCUGUUUAACUGCACGUUCGGCCACGUGCUGACAGACAUGGACCCCCCACUAUGGUGUAACCAGGGUGCAGCAUGCCUGUAUGAUGGCAUCGAUGACUUACACUGGAGCCAGAACGGUAGUCUGGUCAAAGUGGCAGAAGUAUCGGGCAAAAUCUUUAAUGAGAUGGCAGACUGGGUCCACACAGACAACAACACAGGCAUUUACUACGAGACAUGGAUGGUGCGCAACUCCACAGGCCCGGACUCCAAGCUAUGGUUCGAGGCCUUCGACUGCGCCAGCUUUGUCAUCCGCGCCUUCGACAAGCUGGGAGAACUGGGCGCCAAGUUCAACACCAGCGUACAAACCAACUACACGAAAAUCACCCUCUUCUCCGACCAACCGGUGCAUCUCGGAAACGCGUCCACCAUUUAUGGUCCAAAGGGUAACAAAACCCUGGCCGCGGAAAUUCGGACUUUCUACGAACACUUCCAAGCGCAUCAGCCAUUCCCUUCCCUCCUGAAGAGUAUGUUGGAGGCAUUUGAUACCAUAGUUUUGGAAAAGAAGUGGUAUUUCUUCUACAAUUUUGAGUACUGGUUUUUGCCAAUGAAAGAACCUUUUAUAAAGCUCUCAUAUGAGGAAGUGCCACUACCAGGUAAAACAACUGUCACUGUGGUAUAGUAGUGUCAGUUUACACUAGUGCUGCGUGCCUACAUGUAAACUCAGGUUCAGGUCCUGACCUGAAUUAUAUUAUUUGAAUUAUAUGCGACAGUAUUUGGUAAGUCAGAAACUGUUAAUGUCAUGUACUUGGCAUUUUAGGAUCUGCAGUAAGUCGAGUUCCAGUCUUAUUAUCUAGUGUAUACAUGUAGGUUUGCAGCACUAAUUGACACCUAUUACAUUUGUACAUCAGCCAUCCACCAUGUCCACUGUAACUGGAGUUUGCCACUAUGUUUUCCUCAGGAAUUUGUGUUUUCCAUACAUAACAGGAAUUGUACUGAAAAAACGUUUAAUCCUAACAAUUGUUUUAAAAUAUUUUGUAGGUUGGUUUGCUUCCAAUGUGAAAAUUGCAAUUUUAUUUUUCUUACCAAUUAUUCUACUGUUCAUUGAAAUAAGAGAUGAAAAUUUUUUGAUAGAUUA